GCCGCCAUUUUGUGUGGCAGAGCGAGCAGCGGCCGGGCCGGCGGAGCGGCGCUGCUGGGGGGGGCGGGACGGGACGGGACGGGACCGGGACGUGGCGGCGGGCGAGCGGAGGAGGCGGUUCCGAGAGGCCCGCGGUGUGCGCGGACGAGGCGGACAGAAGUCGUUGGACUUCUUCCCUUGGAGCUUCAGUGCCGAGAAUCCGAUGUUGGGCUCGGCUCCCUGGCUGAAUACAGCAGAUCAUCCCAUGAAAACUUCUAUUCCUAGCCAAAGGAAGGAGUCCAGUGAAAGGCACCACCUACUUUUUCAGGCUUGGAAGCAAGAAAGGGGGCAAGAGUUGGACGGUGUGGAAUCUGAGAAAGCCACUGAAAGGUGACAUUUAAGUUGAAGAUGGGUGGUGGAGAGAGAUUCAGCAUUCCAGCUCCCCAGUCCAGAAAUAUUACCAAGAACCAUCAACAACUUAAAAACAGGCAGAAGAGUAAAGACCAGAAUUCGCAAAUGAAGAUGAACCACAUGAAGAAAGAAAGAGGACAUGGAUGCAAUUCAUCAUCUGGUGCAUGGCAGGCCAUGCAGAAAGGGGGAAAGAACAAUGCUCAUUUCCCCAAAAAUCAAAAUCGGAGUCCUAAUUUAUCAAAUCGUAACCUGUUUUUCACUCCUCAGACCAAUCAGAACUAUGCUGGAGCAAAGUUUAGUGAGCCACCCUCACCAAGUGUUCUUCCCAAGCCACCAAGUCACUGGGUACCUGUUUCUUUUAAACCUUCUGAUAAAGAAAUGAUGACAUUUCAGCUUAAAACAUUACUUAAAGUCCAGGCUUGAGAUGGAAAUCUUCAUAUUUUAAAGUUAUUUAAAGUUAUUUAAAUUUACAGGGUUUCACAUUUGAGAAUAGUUAUUUGUAAAUGUAGAGGCACAGGUAAGCAGAAUUAGAUGUUCUUGUUACAUAUAGUUAGUUGCAACGGAAGGGACUGGGUAGGGAAGUUUACAUUAUUCUAGUGUUUUACCUCAAAAGUUAAGUGCUCUGCAAUAGGCAUUUUCCCUAGAAUCACUUUAACCAAAUCCUGAGCUGUCACAUUUAUUACAUUUACUGUAAAUGGGACUGUCUCCCAAAAUUGGAAUUAUGACUCCUUUUUGUUUAGGGCAUUAGAAAACCAGCUUGUACCUAACUUAAUGCAGCAUUAACUGAAAAAAAAAAAUGCACUGAAAGCUUUAGUCAGGUAUUUUGCCAUUCAGACUUGUGUCAAAUUUGCUAGUUAAAACUGCAGAGCAGAAUUUCCUAGCAGAGGGGAGUGAAAAUAACUACUAGUACUGGUGAUUAUUGUUCUUUCAGUAAUACCUGUGAGCUUUAUUUGGCACUCAAGCCUGUGACUGAAAUUUAGAUCUAGGAAUCUCAAGCAUGUUCUCAAAAAGAUGGAAGAACACAAGUAGCAGAUGUGUAUUUCAGUCUCUCUCCAGCUGUAGCUGUACUUCAUUGGAAUCUCGAGUCAGACUGUGCCAAUUAGGAACAUACUUUGCUUUGCCAGAUGACUGCCAAAAAAGUCCAAAAAAAAUUGUUCAUACUGAUUGCACUGCUAAGUUCUAAAAUAUGUUUUUGUAUCAUUUUCUAAUUGUGAAAAAGCUGGAGCAAUUCUUAAGUGAGUCUUCAAUGGGUUGUCCUUAACAAUUGCUUUCAGUUGCCGUAUCUUGUGGCAGGUAUAAGAUGUUCUCAUAGGGAAAAAAGAGCCAUGUAAAUAAAUGUAAAACGUUGUAGCAUAUGUAAAUUUAUGCUGGGCUUUCCUGCACAGAAGUAUUUUUAGUAUAAAACCACUGAAUGUAAGAUGACCAUGCUGAGUACAUGGCCUGAUUUAAAAAAAAAAUAUUUUGUUAAAAAGAAAUACAAACUGUAAAAGGACAUUUCUUCACUUGAUACACAGUGAAUGCAUACAUUUUAUUUUGUUGUGAGCUCAUUUUUAAAGUAACUCAGUGCUAAAGAGGCUUAUUUUUAGUUUUGUAGUAAAAUUAAAAAAGCUCACUUUUCAGAUACUGAUUUUUGAAUGCAUAGGAGAAGUACUGUUAAAACGUUAAAAAAAAUGUUUAAAAUGUUAAGGUACUGUUAAAAUGUUAAUUUCUAAAGUUAAUGCUACAACAUUUUGUAAUAGUAAUUACUAAAACUUGUGAAAUUUGAAUGUCAACAUGCAGAUUUCAGUGCUGUCACAAUUCAGUUGAUCUUGUAAUAGAAAUAAACUGAACUGUGCUAGUCUGAGGUUCUGCAACAAUCCAGAAAGUGGUUUAGUUUGAAAGGGAGCUCUGCAGAUCGUGAAAUGUUACUGAAGAUGUUUUCCUAUGCAUUCAAAAUGUAUUGGCAGCUGGUUGAAUGUUUACAAAUCUAUUCUUUCAUUGGCAGUCUUUAAACUUUGUGACCUGGACCUUCACCAGUGUAAGAGCUGUAUCCCAGUUAGAUUGUGUAUGCUCUAUUUCAAAUUGUCAAUUACUGUGUAUGUACAAAUUGGUAACAAAAAAUUAAAAAAAUAAAUUCUUCUUCCCCCACCC